CCAAGAAACUCACCGCCUACCGCACAUUAUCUACUACGUAUUGAUCUCCUCUACUCUGUCAACUCACUCGGAUCCGACACGGAUGACGUGGAGUAGCUUGCCGGGGAAUGACUAUUUGGGCCGCAUUGCGUCUGUCUCGAUUGUGAUCCUCAGAGCUUUUGUGUCCUGAUGCUUUUUUUACUGGCAAUUUGAAUUCGGAACAGAACGUGUGAGUGAAGAAUGGUGGUAAUGGCUUCCCGGAGAUCUAUGUUUACCGCCAGCCGCAUACAGGCUUUUACCUAUCUGCUGGGUGUCUGUCCCUUCUCGAUAGCAUUCCUGGUGUUCAUCAAUUCAUCUGUAUCAUUCGUUGUUACCGACUUGAUUGGUCUUCGUGAUGGAGAGGGUGAUGCUGUUGGUACCCUAGGCUUUGCUGAUGAGCUGCUUGCCUUGGUGGCGUGCCCUUUGUGGGGUGUGCUCUCAGAUCGUAUCGGGGUCCGUCAAGUUUGCACAGCUGGAUAUACUAUUAUUGCGCUUGCUCUGCUUCUUUUUGUUCAGGCUAAAAAUGUUUAUCCUCAGCUUCUACUGGGGAGACUACUCUUCAGCGUCGGAGGCGCUGCAGUGUCAACCAUGGUCACUGCAGUUUUGCCCGUUGUGACUGGGAACGCUUGCAACGACGCAAUUGACGAUGGUGAAUUGGAAUCCACAGUUGGCGCGCCCUCGUCGCGUUUAGCAGGGUUCGUUGGGAUGUGCGCUGGAUGUGGCGCCCUCAUAUCCCUAGUGAUUUUCCUCCCACUACCUGCUCACUUUCAAGAAUUAGGGCUUUCGCCCCAGGAAGCUAUUCAAUACAGCUUUUAUUCAGCCGCUGCGGUGGCUCUUCUUGUCAGCGUUUGCUGUUAUAUCGGCCUCAGAGAUCUUCCUGGCGAAGAUGGGAAAGCAUGGACUUCACUGUGGACCGCUCCCAAGUCGGAGAGGACGCACAAAACUUACAGCAAAGACUCCUAUUCUACGUUUAUCAAGACCCGGCUGCCGUAUUUUGACCAACUUAUCACUGCACUAGCCCUGGGAUUCCGCAAUCGUGACAUAUUCAUCGGUUACUUGGGGGGGUUUGUAGCUCGAGCAUCCUCGGUCGGCAUCUCGUUAUUUAUCCCCCUCCUCGUCAACCACUACUACCGAAUGUCCGGUCUCUGUGGCGAGCACCCUACCGGUGAGACCAAUCCAGGAGACAUCAAACGCUCUUGCCCCAAAGCCUACGUGCUCGCCUCAAUUUUGACAGGUGCGUCUCAGCUUAUCGCAUUGAUUGCGGCCCCAAUUUUCGGACUCCUCUCUGAGAGGUCUCGACGGUAUCACAUGCCUCUUCUUGUGGCCUGUUUGUCGGGAGUCAUUGGCUAUCUAGCGCUGGCCUUGCUCCCCAGCCCUGAUUUCAAGGGAGAUAAGGGUAAUCGGGGAAUCUUUUUAGUAAUGGGCUUGAUCGGGAUCAGCCAGAUCGGAGCGAUUGUGUGUAGUUUGUCGGUUUUGAGCAACGGUAUUUUGAACAUGACAGAUUCUGAUGUUGCUACUGCGGACAAUUCUUCAAAUACGGCGGAGAACGAGCCCGCUUUGACAAUGGGCGGAGAGAUCAACGAACAACGGCCUUUACUAACGGCACGCACCAGCCAACCCCCACAGCAAGCCUCGAGCCUGAAAGGAUCGAUUGCGGGAGUUUACUCCCUGUAUGGAGGAGCGGGAAUCCUGUUACUCACUAAGCUCGGGGGUCUUCUCUUUGAUGUGUUAUCGUCUGGCACCCCUUUCUAUAUUAUGGCAGGAUUUAAUGGCGUUUUGCUAAUUGUAGGGACAACAAGUGGUCUGGUAAGCCACUGGCGUGCGAGUCAGUUAGUGUCUUAGCUUAAUUUCUGGGGCGACGCCCCGAAGAAAUCUGAAAAAUAGAUCUGCAUAUUCAGAUUGAUUCAAUCGGAAGCGGCUCUUUCCUCUUUCCCCUCUUUCUACGGAGUACACGAUUGGAUAUGACUUACCUUCAGGGCCUGGAACAGAGGCCCAAAAACCUGAAGAAACUUAAUGAUAGCGGUAAUCCUGCUUUCAUUUGCCUCAAGCCCCGACCAAUUGCGGAC